GGGGAGAGGGUGAGGAGAGAGGGUGGGGUGAGAGGUGAAGGAGGGUGCAGAGGGUGCUGCAGCAGACCAGGAGCGGCCUCUCUCUCUCUAUCUGAUGACCUUCAGCCGCGUAGCUGCGUGUGAUGCAGCCGGAUGAGGGCGAUGACAUCACCGCGCUCUGCACGUAGGCCUCUGCUGGCUGCCAUGGCAACGCGGGAGACAUGCCGGCGGGUGGGGGGGAGAGAGAGAGAGAGAGAGAGGCAGGGAGGUGCAGUGCAGGCAGCUUCCUCAUUCACAGUCCUCCCCCUCCUCCUCCUGCUGUAGGAGAAGCCCCCCCCCCUCCCACACACACCCCUUCCUCUCAUCCCCUCCCCGGCUCAGCCAAUCGGGCCCUCCGGUGGGGGCGGGGCAUAGCGGAGCCACCAUUCCAGUGCGCAGAGCCGCUGCAUCUCCACCGGAGCCAACAGGGAGCCAGCAGCUCAGAGGGAGGAGACGCGGCCGGACCCAGCCUCUCCGUGCGCGUGUUUGUGAGCGUGUGUGUGUGUGUGUGUGUGUGUGUGUGUGUGUCAUCUGCAAGUGCGCUCCUAUUGCAGACUAGCAGGCACGGCCUGCCCCCCCCUCUACCCGUCCUCUCUUUUUAACCUUGCCUCGCCUUGGUGGCUCAGCUCCUUCCUCCGCUUCACGACGACGACAGGGAUCCUCGUGGGGGGGAACCGGCCUCCGUUCACUCUCUCACCGCCUCCGCAGCGCCGACAGCCGGCAGGAUGAUAGCGGCUCAGCUCCUCGCCUACUACUUCACCGAGUUGAAGGAUGACCAACUCAAGAAGAUCGACAAGUACCUGUACUCCAUGCGUUUCUCGGACGACACGGUGAAGGACAUCAUGAACCGGUUCCGCCGGGACAUGGAGAACGGGCUCGGCCGCGACACCGGCCCCACCGCCACCGUCAAGAUGCUGCCCACCUUCGUCAGGGCCAUCCCCGACGGAUCAGAGAAGGGGGACUUCAUCGCUCUGGAUCUUGGGGGGUCCAACUUCAGGAUCCUGCGCGUCAAAGUGACGCAGGACAAGAAGCAGCCGGUCCAGAUGGAGAGCCAGGUCUACGAGACCCCCGAUGACAUCAUCCACGGCAGCGGGUCACGGCUCUUCGCCCACGUCGCCGACUGCCUGGGCGACUUCAUGGAGAAGCAGAAGAUCAAGGACAAGAAGCUCCCCGUGGGGUUCACGUUCUCCUUCCCCUGUGCCCAGACCAAGCUGGACGAGGCGGUCUUGUUGACGUGGACGAAGAAGUUCAGAGCCAGCGGCGUUGAGGGCAUGGACGUCGUGAACCUCCUGAACCGGGCCAUCAAGAAACGAGGGGACUACGAGGCCGACAUCAUGGCGGUGGUGAACGACACCGUCGGCACCAUGAUGACCUGCGGGUUUGACGAUCAGCGCUGUGAAGUGGGCGUCAUCAUCGGGACGGGAACCAACGCCUGCUACAUGGAGGAGCUCCGCCACAUCGACCAGGUGGAGGGAGACGAGGGCCGGAUGUGCAUCAACACGGAGUGGGGCGCCUUCGGGGACGACGGCUCGCUGGAGGACAUCCGCACCGAGUUCGACCGCGAGAUCGACCGGGGCUCCAUCAACCCGGGGAAGCAGCUGUUUGAGAAGAUGGCCAGCGGGAUGUACAUGGGGGAGCUGGUGCGACUCAUCCUGGUCAAGAUGGCCAAGGAGGGGCUUCUGUUCGAGGGCCGCAUAACCCCCGAGCUCCUGACCAAAGGGAAGAUCGAGACCAAGCACGUCUCCGCCAUCGAGAAGAGCAAAGAAGGGCUGAAGAAGUGCAUGGAGAUCCUGACCCGGCUCGGCGUGGAGCCCUCGGACGAGGACUGCCUGGCGGUGCAGCACGUGUGCACCAUCGUGUCCUUCCGCUCCGCCAACCUGGUGGCCUCCACCCUGGGGGGCAUCCUGGCUCGCCUCAAGGAGAGCAAAGGGGUGGCGCGCCUGCGCACCACCGUGGGCAUCGACGGGUCGCUCUACAAGAUGCACCCGCAAUACGCCCGCCGCCUGCACAAGACGGUGCGCCGCCUGGUCCCGGACUCCGACGUCCGCUUCCUGCUGUCGGAGAGCGGGAGCGCCAAAGGCGCCGCCAUGGUGACGGCCGUGGCGUACCGCCUGACGGAGCAGGCGCGCCAGAUUCAGCAGACGAUGGCCGAGUUCCGGCUCGGCGAGGCGCAGCUGCUGGAGGUGAAGAAGCGCAUGAGGCAGGAGAUCGAACGAGGCCUCAAGAAGAACUCCCACCAGGAGGCCACGGUCAAGAUGCUGCCCACCUUCGUCCGGAGGACGCCCGACGGAACAGAGAACGGGGAUUUCCUCGCUCUGGACCUCGGGGGGACGAACUUCCGAGUGCUUCUGGUGAAGAUUCGCAGCGGGAAGAAGCGAUCGGUGGAGAUGCACAACAAAAUCUACGCCAUCCCCGUAGAAGUCAUGCAGGGCACCGGAGAAGAGCUCUUCGACCACAUCGUGCACUGCAUCUCCGACUUCCUGGACUACAUGGGGAUGAAAAGCGCCCGCCUGCCGCUGGGCUUCACCUUCUCCUUCCCCUGCCAUCAGACCAGCUUGGACGCAGGCAUCCUCGUGACCUGGACCAAAGGAUUCAAGGCCACAGACUGCGAGGGGGAGAACGUGGUGGAGCUUCUUCGGGAAGCCAUCAAGAGGAAAGAGGUAACGGCAAAACAGGAAGUACUUCCUCUCGCUCUCGAAGGAAAUAUGACUUGUUUACUCGCAGACGGGAUCACCUUCUGGUCCGUCUCCUGGAUGGGUCCUGGGCCCAUGUGGUUCUGGUCCGUCUCCUGGAUGGGUCCUGGGCCCACGUGGUUCUGGUCCGUCUCCUGGAUGGGUCCUGGGCCCACGUGGUUCUGGUCCGUCUCCUGGAUGGGUCCUGGGCCCACGUGGUUCUGGUCCGUCUCCUGGAUGGGUCCUGGGCCCACGUGGUUCUGGUCCGUCUCCUGGAUGGAUCCUGGGCCCAUGUGGUUGGAUGCGUCCUGGGCCCACGUGGUUCUGGUCCGUCUCCUUGAUGCGUCCUGGGCCCACGUGGUUCUGGUCCGUCUCCUUGAUGCGUCCUGGGCCCACGUGGUUCUGGUCCGUCUCCUUGAUGCGUCCUGGGCCCACGUGGUUCUGGUCCGUCUCCUUGAUGCGUCCUGGGCCCACGUGGUUCUGGUCCGUCUCCUGGAUGCGUCCUGGGCCCACGUGGUUCUGGUCCGUCUCCUGGAUGCGUCCUAUAUAAAGUUCCCCCGUCCUCACUCUGAGUUUCUGAUCUCGAUCUCACCCUUCUUGUCUAGAUGGCGUGCUCAGUAAGUAUUAAGUGCCCGUCAAUCAUUAACCGAGAAGGGGAACCGGACCCGAGUGUGGUCGUGGUUGUUAAAGCAUGUCGUAACGCC